AUGCAUCGCCGCGCGUCCUCGUCCACCCGCAUGGCCGCGCCCCUGGCGCUGCUGGCGCUACUGGCGACGGUCGGGGCGCCCGGCGCGCGCGCCUUCGGCCUGGACUUCCUGCGGCCGCUGCGCCUGCUCGAGGCGGUGUCCGCCUUCUUCCGCGAGCACAACGCCUACCCCGAGAAGCAUGUGCGCGAGACGUCGGCCUCCAAGGUGGCCGCCAUGGGCCCCUUCGACUUCGUGGUGGUGGGCGCCGGCGUGGGCGGGGCCGCUGUCGCCGCGCGCCUCUCCGAGGAGAAGGACUGGAAGGUGUUGCUGCUGGAGGCCGGCAAAGACGAGAACACACUAACUGACGUGCCCGUGCUGUCCGCCGUCUGGCAGUCCACGCCCUUCAACUGGGGCUACCGCACUGAGCCGCGGCCCGACGUCUGCCUAGCAAUGAACGACCACCGAUGCAGCUGGCCGCGCGGGAAAGUCAUUGGUCAGUGUCCCUUAUUUGCAUACGCAAUAUACUGCCGUUUUGGGUUCUUAUUCUCGUCCGCAGGCGGAACGUCAGUGAUCAACUACAUGGUGCACACGCGCGGCCACCGCCUGGACUACGACGCGUGGGCGGCGGCGGGCAACGAAGGCUGGAGCUACGACGACGUGCUGCCCUACUUCAAGCGCAACGAGCGCGUGCUCAUCGACGAGUACGCGCACGCGGAGGACCGCGGCCACGACGGCCCGCUGAACGUGGAGCGCGUGCCCUACUCCACGCCGCUCAGCCACGCCUUCGUGCGCGCCGGCCGCGAACUGGGCUACCCGCAGGUGGACUACAACGCGCAGGGCCCCACGGGCUUCUCGCUCAUCCAGGCCACCAUGCGCAACGGCAGCCGCUGCAGCGCCAACAAGGCCUACCUGCGACCCGCUCGCGACAGAGACAACCUCUUCAUUACAUCGAAGGCUCAAGUCACCCGAGUGAUCAUCGAUCCCAAGACGAAGCACGCGACGGGCGUGGAAUUCAUGAACGGCCACUCCACGUGGAAAGUGUUCGCCAAGAAGGAGGUGAUCCUGUCGGCAGGCGUCUUCAACUCGCCACAGCUGCUCAUGCUGUCGGGUGUAGGUCCCAAAGAGCAUCUCAAAGAGCUGGAUAUCCCGCUCGUGCAGGACCUCAAGGUCGGCUACAAUCUCAUGGAACACUAUGGCUUCCUAGGCACCACGUUUAUCGCGGUGGGCUACGUGCGCACGCCGCGCCAGGACGACGGCACCGGAGACGAGCGGCCGAGCGUAGAGCUGCUGUUCGUGGGCGCGACGCUCGCCUCCGACGACGGCACCGCCGUGCCCCUCGGCCUGGGCCUCAAGCGCAGCGACUACAACGCCUACUUCGCCCCGCUCACCUUCCACGACGGCUUCACCAUCUGGCCGCUGGUGAUGCAGCCCAAGAGCCGCGGCCGCGUCACGCUGCGCUCGCGCGACCCCUUCGACGCGCCGCUGCUGCAGGCCAACCUCUUCUCCCACCCGCACGACAUGGAGGUGAGCACUGGGCGCAGUCGUCACGGAAAGGAACGUAGUUCACGAAGUCCAUGGCUGGCGAGCGAUUCCAGAAUCCAUCGUGCGCAGGUGCUGAUCGAGGGCAUCAAGAUGGCGGUGCGCGUGGGGCAGAGCAAGGCGUUCGCGCGCUUCGGGGCGCACCUGCACGCGCGCCCGGUGCCCGGGUGCGAGGGCGUGGCGUUCGGCUCGGACGCGUACUGGGCUUGCGCCGCGCGCCACCUCACCGCCGUGCUGCACCACACGUCGGGCACGUGCAAGAUGGGGCCGCGCUCCGACCCGGACGCCGUGGUGGACCCGCAGCUGCGCGUGCACGGCCUCGAGGCGCUGCGCGUGGUGGACGCCUCCGUCAUCCCCGUCGUGCCCACGGGGCACACCACCGCCCCCACCUACAUGAUCGCGGAGAAGGCCGCCGACCUCAUCAAGAAGGCGUGGGGACGCCUCUAG